AUGGCAAGAGGUGAAGGACGAGGAUUUCGCGGACGAGGAGGUCGAGGUCGAGGUCGAGGUCGAGGUGGCGGCGGCGACGGCAAUCGGGGUGGAAAAGGAAGAGGAAACGUAAUUCCUGGAGCAAGCUAUCUUGAAGAUGAGUUGGAGUUAAAUAUCAGGAUGUUUGCAGAUGCGCCGCGUGGUAGCGGGGGCAAGACAUCCCGAGGAAAAGGUAGAGGAGGUCGUGGUUAUGGUCAAAACUCAGGGUCUAAUUCAGGGACGACAACGCCUAAUCGCGGACGCGGACGAGGACGAGGGAAUGAUAUGCUUUCUGGAAGUGGUUAUGACUCACCUCGAGGGCGUGGCCGAGGAACUCCCGGUGAUCAAUUCACUGGUGGACGCAGAGGUCAAUUUGGUAUCGGUUCCCCUCGUGGUGGUGGCCAAGGAGGGGGAUAUGGACGACCAGAUACUCUUUCUGGAUUGCUCUAUCAAGAACGACCAUUCCUACGUCCUAUCAAAUUUGUUCCUUCGGUUCUCACAAAGGUUCUCUUCAAGGAGGAAGAAAGUGAAGAGCUAUUAAAACCUGGUGUCGAGGAUGUCGAUGAAACAGAACAAAGUCACAUUCCUACAGCGGAACAAGUAUUCCGUGUCUUCAGUGGAGGAAACAUACCUCGAUUAGAACCUGAAGAAGAUGAUGAAGAAGAGCAGGAAGAAAUAGAAGAAGUAGAUUUCAACGACGUUGGAAAAUUAUUCAACCCCAGUGAAGAGGUGAAAACAACCACAAUACGCAAAAGUAAAUUGGCGGAGACGACGAUCAUACAUGAAGAACAGUUCACCGGAUUCUACAUGGACCCUAAACCAACAUUAACAUCAAGUUUCAAUGGUCCUGAACCUACAUUAGCGGACCAACCAAAUUCAAUAGACGCAGACGUCGAUAGUCUUACAAAGAUGGUCGAAGAUGCCCUAUCCACCACGGAAGAGCAACCCAAUGCAGACGACGUCGAUAUAUCCGAUUUACAAGUUGAAGCCGAAACCAGCGAAUCAAUAGCCACGGCAACUAUUCCAGUCCCACCUCAUUCAGCUGAACGAUAUAAUGUCGAUAUGAUCACCAGUCCUUCUGAAGGGUUGGUACCAUCAUCGGCCGACCCGAUAUCUAUUUCACCGCAUCAGCCACAGAGAGAUAUUCUUGUUGUUGAUGUUCCUGUACCGCAAGUCGAAGAGAUUUCUACGACUUUUGAAGAAACCCUCUCUGUGUCACCAAAACCAGACGACCUGGACAAGGCCUUUGUCCCGCAAAGCGAGAAUAUCGGUUCAAUUUCCAUUCAGUCGACGCAGCAUGCGGAGACAAUCGCUAUUGACGUGCCUGUAGUGAAUGUCGAUCCAGUGAUUCAGGAAACGCCUUCAGAAUUGGCCAGCCAAUCUCCAAAGUUAAACACAACAGCUACGGAACCAGAACCAGAUCUUUUCUGCAUUGAUGUGCAACCAACUUCUGUUCCUGCAGAAAUGGCUCCUUCAGGAGAUCUCCUUCCAUCAGCACUUCGAAAUGACGACGAGGACGACGAUAUUAUAGUCUAUGUUGCACCACACCCCCGCAAAACAGACAUCCAGGGUGAGGGGACAAUAUCAGAGACUCCCGAGGCAUCCACGAGCACCAACAACGCUCCGGAUACGUCUAGAUUUGUACCAUACGUUAGAUCUGCAGCCUUGUCUGCAACACCACAGCCUGUUGCGUCUUCGUCUUCGUUGCCGGAUGUUACCCCUGCUCCAGUAUCGAUGUCGUCUUUCUCGUUCUCGUUCUCGAAGCAAAGCCAGACACCGAGCAAGGGAGACGCUCGCCUGGUUGUUCCACCUGUGUCGACUCCUCGUCAAGCAAAGGUAUGGAAACGGAAGAGAGGAGGGGUAAAAAACAGAAUGAAGACCUCGUUUGGUGCGUUUGGUGCAAUGCGGGAGGAAGCUAUGCUGCACAGGGAGGAUCCGAGGCGGCAUGAACGAAGGCGCGGAGACUCUGAUUUGGACUGGGGCGAUUCCGACGAUGACGCUGGCGAGAUAGAUGAAGUUCAAGUUGGGUCAGAUGAAUUUAUGGCAUGGAAAGGCAAAGGGAAAGAGAAAGAGAUUCAGGCAAACAUGGAAAAAAGAAAAGCUCAGGACGAUGACCAUGGGAUGGACGUUGAUCCUGACUUGCUGCCUGGUAUGGAUGCCAUGAAGAGUUUUGUGGGCGGUCUGCUUGGAAAUAAAGCUGGUCUGCACACUACCAUGGAUGAUAUUCAUGUCGAGGAUAUGAUCAGAAUGGAAGACGAGCAAGAUGAUGAAGAUAGCGAAGAUGACGAAGUGUCGAGCGAAGAUGAAUCAGAGGAAGAUGCCCUCGCUGCUGAGGAGGCCAUGCUCAUUUCCGAGGCCCUGGAAUUUGACGACGAGUUUGGUGAUGAUAUAUCUGAUGAUGAGGAUGAGGAUGAGGAUGAGGACCAAACCCCGAGAACGAGUUUCCAGGCACGGUUGGAGCGAUUACGAAAUAAGUCAAGGUCUAAAAAGAUGCAGGAUACAUCGUUUGAUCAGAUGGAGGACGAUGAUGAAGAGGACGAUGAUGACGACGAUAUGAUCAAGCGGAAUAUGACUUGGGCAGACCAAGAUGAAGAUUUUAUUCAGGAGAUUGAGGAUAUCUUUGAUGAGAAUGAGGAUGUCCUGACCGGGAAAAAUCGCAAAUUGAGGAAAGCACUUUUCAAAUCUAUCCGAGAUGGCACAUUCGAUGAUUUGGAUGAUUUCGGUUUAACUCCUGCCAAAAAACGCAAAGACAAAAUCAAGGGCCUGCCUCUGGAAUUACAAGAGGCUUGGGAAAGGGACCGCCAAAAGAAAGCUGAAUACAAGAAGGCUCGUGCACUUGCUCGUCUCGAAGAAGCUGCAGAUCCCUUGUCAAUUAAUAAGGGAGGCAAGAAGGGUCGAAAAGCCAUGCGCGCCGCUGCUGCUCUGGAUCCUACAAUCACAGUUAUUCCAAACCGUAUCGUGGAUAUGACGACAUUGGUGCAACAGAUCAGACGAUUCAUAGCGGACAUUGGGGGUCCAAACUCAAUGUCUCUUCCUCCAACGAAUAAAGAGACCAGAAAAAAUAUUCACGAAAUGGCUUUGGCAUUCAACCUCAAGAGUAUCAGUAAAGGCAAAGGCGAUUCGCGCUACACCACGCUGUCAAAGACAUCAAGAACCGGACAGGCUGUGGACGAACGCAAGGUCGCAAAAAUUGUACGAAGAAGUGGCGGUAUGGGCGCGCGUGGCGAUUCGUUCAUCUAUGACAAGAAAGGAAAAGGACCUUCGGGUGCUAUGCCUCGUCAUCGUGAGGGUGAUGAAGUAGGCAAGGCUGCGCCCAAACUUACGGAAAGUAACAUUGGAUUCCGAUUGCUAGCCAUGAUGGGAUGGGCCGAGGGCGACCGCAUAGGCGUUACUGGGGGCUUAGACGCACCUCUGACCGCUAUCAUCAAGACGACAAAGCUGGGGCUCGGCGCCACAAAAUGA